AUGCCCCGUUCAUACUCUUCCGACCACGAUGCGGAGUCUGGCUAUGCCAGUGGUAGUUCGAGUGCCAGCCUUCCUGAGGUCUAUUUCUCUCGUCCACACUUGAAGUUUAUCAACCAGCAAUUGCAAAACCUCGAGCCUCAAGAAAUCUUGAAAUGGUGCAUUAUGACCCUGCCCCGUCUCUUCCAAACCACUGCUUUUGGACUUACUGGACUUGCAAUCAACGAUAUGGUGUCAAAGCUUGACGGUCCUAUCAAGCCCAACAUUGAUCUUAUUUACCUGGACACUCUACACGCAUUCAAGGAAACCUACGAGCUUGUACAGGCUAUCAAAGACAGAUACCCUAGCCUCACCAUUCACACCUACAAGCCUGAGGGAUGUGAGACUGUCGAGGACUUCAACCGCAAGCACGGCGAGAAGCUAUGGGAAACCAAUGAGGAACUUUACGACUAUGUCGCCAAGGUUGAGCCUGCCCAGCGUUCCUAUGCUGAGCUGGGAGUCGCUGCUGUUAUUACUGGUCGUCGCCGCAGCCAGGGAGGCAAGCGUGGGGAUCUCGACAUUGUCGAGCUUGAUGAUGCAGGCAUGAUUAAGGUCAACCCUUUGGCAAACUGGUCUUUCCAACAAGUCAACGACUACAUCAAGGAGAACAACGUUCCUGUUAAUGCCUUGAUGGCCAAAGGCUACCGCUCGAUCGGUGACUGGCACUCGACCCAGCCCGUCAAGGAGGGUGAGGACGAGAGAGCCGGUCGCUGGAAGGGCCGCGCCAAGACAGAGUGCGGCAUUCACAACAAGAAGAGCCGCUACGCUAUGUUCUUGCAAGAGCAAGAGCAGAAGCGUCAAGAUGAGCUCAGCCAGGCUAUCAAGUCGGGACUGAACCUCGAGCAAGCCGUUUGA